CAACGAAGACGACGACCAGCGACCCCGAUCAGCGUCCUCCGUCAGCAUGUCAGAAUACUCCUACGACGAGGAGGGCAACUACUUUCCCUUCUUCGUCCUCACCUUCCUCGGACUGGUACUCGUCCCAUUGACAUACACCUCGCUGUUUAGGAAGAAAGUUGAGAGACCGGCGCAGGUGAAUUGCAAUUGCGACGCAUGUGUACGGAAAAAGAGUGCGCUUGCGAAGCAAGACAGUCGAAUUAAGUUUGGGAAGAGGUUCUUUGCGUUGGCGGCGGGAUGGGCGUUGUUUGCUUGGAUGGCCUACCGUGUCGCGAAUCAGAAAUUCGAGAGCAAGCAUUGGGAUCCGUAUGAGAUUUUGGGCAUAUCGGCAUCAGCUACGGAGAAGGAGAUCAAGAAGCACUACAAGAAGCUUUCGCUUAAGUUCCACCCCGACAAGAUCCGCGAAACAGCCAAUGAGACCCUUACCGAUAUCGAAUCGAAGUUUAUCGAGAUCAGCAAGGCUUACCAGUCUUUGACCGACGAAGAGGUACGCAAGAACUUCCUUGAGUACGGUCAUCCCGAUGGAAAGCAAGAAUUCGGCAUGGGUAUCGCACUCCCUCUCUGGAUCGUUGAGUCGCAGAAUAAUCUCUGGGUCCUCGGCGCUUACGGUGCAAUCGUCGGCCUCGGACUUCCAUUCAUCGUCGGGAAGUGGUGGUACGGAUCAAAGAACAAGACCACAGAGGGCGUCGAAAACGAUACUGCUGCAAUGUUCUUCAAAGGAAUGAAGGAGACUGUUGGGGUGCAGGAGUCCUUGCAGUUGAUUACGAAGAGUAAGGAGUACGCGGAAGAGUUCGGUCAAAACGCGGAGGUGUCAGGAAAGCUCGAGAAGGCGUUGGCGCAGGCUGGUGUUACCCUGCCCAAAGACGAUCCCAACGCAGCAAAGAAGGCGCUUGCGCUCAUUGAGGCGCACUUGAACCGUCUGCCACUCGAGAAUGGCGAAGAGAGAGACAAGCAGAAGGCGUUGUUGCCUCUCCUGAGACUACACGCCUCUCUGUCUUCUAUCGGCGUUGCCUUCAACUACCUCAAGUUUGCCGUCGAACUUCCUCGCCUCGGCCAAAACCUCAUUCAGGCCGUACCAUUGGGCGGCUCUCCUCUUCUUCAGCUUCCCGGUAUUACCACGGAAGUAGCGACCAAGCUUCGGGCCAAGGGUAUUUGGACCGUGCAAGACCUUAUGGCAGUUGAGAAGGACGAGCGCAAGACUCUCCUCAUCGAUGCUGGCGUCGACGCGUCUGUGUACAAGCUCACUGAGAAGGUUGCCCGCUCAAUCCCUGUUCCUGAAGUGGUAAAGGCUUACUUCAAGGUUCCGGGCGACAACGAAGUCACUCCCGGUGCCCUCGUCAACUUUGUCAUCAAGGCACGCAUCAUCCACCCUGGCGUGACCCCACCGAAGCUGCCCGAGAACGCAUUCAGCGAAGAGGAGGACGCAGAGGACGAUGUCGAUGCCCUGAUUGGACGAAAGACCAAAGCAGAGGAGGAAGAACUCGCGAAGAGCCCCAUGAUCCACGCACCAUACUGGCCACGAAACAAGACUCCCAAGUGGAGUAUCUUCCUAGGCAACACAAAGAUGGAGAGAAUCUUCGUUCACCCGACUAACGUUACCGACCUGAGUACCACCCUCCGCACCUUCCGUGUACAAUUCCCUGCACCACCACAACCUGGCAACUACCAAUUCACCAUGUUCCUCGUCUCUGAUUCUUAUAUCGGUACCGACGUAACAAAGGAAGUGGAGUUGAAGGUCGUGCCGGUGGAAGAGUUGGGUGACCAGGCGAAGGUCGUUGAGGAUACAAUUGAGGAUACUGAGGAUGAGGAUGAGGAGAGUGAGGAAGGGGGAGAGAGCUCGAGUGAGUAUGAUUCGAGUUCGGACGAAGAGUAGAGUG